UGUCCGCUGCUCAAAGCUCAUUAAGUCCGCGAUUACAAUUACGGAGAUCAAGCUAAGGCUGAAUAAUGUUUAUUAUUACAGAACUACAAAGAAGAAUGUAGAAUCCUUAUUUAAAUAAGAGAAUAUAUUGCGAAAGCUGCUCCCCUUUCCGCUACCAUCUUCCUUGAAUAACAAAAGCUACACACAAUACCAGUCAUCAAUCAACCCUCAUACUCUAUUUCCAAUGGCUCCAUUAGAUAACGCAGUGAUCCCCAAAGGAUCCCUGGUUCUAGUCACCGGAGCCAACGGCCUUCUAGGUUCGCACGUCGCAAAGCAGUUCCUCGAAUACGGCUACAAAGUUCGCGGCGCCGUCCGAGACACCACUAAAUCCAGCUGGAUGCUCGAGCUGUUCCAGAAGGACUACGGCAAGGACAGUUUCGAGCUUAUCCAGGUUGACGAUCUAACCGCCAAGGGCGCAUUUGACGAAGCAGUCAAAGGUGCCGCAGCAGUAAUCCACACCGCGUCAAUUAUGACGUUUAAUCCGGACCCUAGCAAAGUGAUUCCCUUCGCCGUAGAUUUUGCCGUCAACGCUCUGCGGGCUGCAUACAAGGAGCCGAGCGUGAAGCGGUUCAUCUUCACAUCCUCAUCAACCGCUGCUGUUGUUCCCUCGCCGGAUUCGCCCCCCGCCAACAUCACCGAAGAGUCCUGGACGGACUUCAUCGUCGCCGCGGCCUGGGCCGACCCUCCCUACACCCGAGAGCGCGCGAUGGCGACAUAUGCCGCGAGCAAGAACCGAGCCGAGAAGGCAGUCUGGGAGUACCACCAGGAGAACCGCCAGGAGCGUCCCGAUCUGACCGUGAACACUGUCCUCCCCAACUUCAAUUUCGGCAGAUCGCUUGACCGCGAGAAACAGGGAUAUCCGAGCAGCUCUGGCCUGGCCCCUAGCCUAUUCAGGGGGGAAGUUACUGAUUUCCACAAAGGCAUUACACCUCAAUAUUUCAUCGACGUCGAUGACGCCGGCCGGCUUCACGUCGCGGCAGCUAUCCUGCCUGGACUGGAAGACCAGCGCAUCUUCGGAUUUGCAGGAAGAUUCAACUGGGAUGCUGUUCUAGACAUUUUCCGCAAGCAUUUUCCGGGGCGAACGUUCCCUGACAACUUCAGCAGCGGUGAAGACGGCAGUGAAAUCAUCCCACGAGGCAGGGCUGAGCAGCUGCUUCGUGAUCUGGGACGUCCGGGAUGGACUAGCUUGGAAGAGUCGAUUUUAGCCAACAUUGAGGGUCUGUACUAAGACAUAUAAUGAUUAAUAGAAGACUUUAGUACCG